ACCGUGUGAGCACCAUUUAGUUAGAAGUAAACACAUACGGUGGUGUGGGGAAGAUUCUAUCUCAGGGCCAGGGCACUCAACCCCAAACCCCAAGUGGGCAUGGGGGGGGGUCGUAAGAAGAGUUCUAUGAUUCUUAAUUACAAUGCUUGUGUUCUGGGAAGUGGUCGUAAUGUUUUAUUUUAUUUUCAAAAAUUUUAAUUUUGUUUUAGUGACAUUCUUGUAAAUUGGUUCUUUUCGUCAUGUGAAAAUAAAAUGGAUAAUAAAAUUUGUCGGUUCUGUCUACUAGAAGAAAAUAAUAGUACAGAUGACAUUCUAGAAUGUUUUGAUGAUACAAUACAUUUUUUUACCCAAAAUGUUUUGAAGAUUUUGGGAAUAGAUAUUUCUGCUGAAGACGUUUUUCCACGAAUGAUAUGUAAAAGUUGUUCAGAUUUCAUUAAAAAAGUAUUGAAUUUUCUUAAGACCAUUCAACAAUCAGAACAUGUUUUGUGUGAAAUUGAAGAAACGAAAAAUAGAAAACUGCUGAGAACUGAUAAAAAUAUAAGCAACUCCGAUGAAGCUUCAAAAACGGAACUACCUGUUCAUCAGAGUAACACCAGAAUGGAAAAUAAUUUUGAAAAUAUUGAUCAAAAUCCAUACGCUUUGAUAUUUUGUCAUUCAAGUUCAGAUAAUGGUGAAAUGAACAAUGCUCCAAUAAAACUAGUUAAUGAAUUAUCUUUGCCAGAUAUUCAUAAAAAGGAGUCUGUUUCAUAUUCUUGCCAAGAAAGUGAUAAAGUUAAAAUUUUCCAAACUGAUUGUGAGAUCUAUUAUUGUAGUAUUUGUUCCACAGAGUUUACAAACUUUUGUGACUAUGAAAACCAUCAACAACUUCAUGAAGUAAAAUCUGCCACAUGUUUGAAAUGCAACAAGGUUUUCCUGAAUAGAGACGAAUUAGCAGAACAUGAAAAAACUCAUAAAGUGGCCUGUGGUGAAUGUAACAUUAAAGUUUUACCGAGCAGUUUAGAAGCACAUAUGAAAAAACAUUCAGAUAUUCACAAAUGUAUCACUUGUGAUGCACGUCAUACAUCAAAGGCAGCUAUGGAGAAACAUUACCAAGCUCGUCAUGCAGGCAUCAAAGGAAGCGUUUGCCAUAUAUGUGGAAAGCAAAACAGUUGUCAGAGCUCAAUGAAACGUCAUCUAGCCUCCCAUUUUGCACACAGACCUUUCAUGUGUAAAUUUUGCACAUUUUCGGCCAAAUCAAGAACUGUUUUACAGGUGCACAUUUCUAGAAAACAUUCCAAUCAACAGUGUGAUUGUGAAAUUUGUUUGAAAAAGUUCAAAUCAGUUCUGAGUCUGAAGCAGCACAUUAAGCGAAUGCAUAACCCCAAAAAAUAUCAGUGCAUGAUUUGUGAAAAAGCUUUCAGUGAAAAAUUCAAUUUAGACCAACACAUUUUCAAAAAACAUUCCAAACAAAGAUUAUAUGAAUGUAAACUUUGCCAUAAAGAGUUUUUUACAGUUAAAAAGCUGAAAGAUCAUAUGCACUCUCAUAGAGAAGGUUGUGUGAGUUGUCCAAAGUGUGCCAAAGAAUUCUUUUACAAAAAAUAUUUAGACAAGCAUUUGCUCAAAUGUUCUGUUGAUGAUGAAAGUGUUUUAACUAAACUAAAAAAUACCUCUUCGAUGCCUAACAACACUUGUGAUUGUAAUGAGUAGAAAGUGACUGUUUUUUAUUGCUGAUCCUGUGAAACUAGACCAUGACAUCAUUAUGAAAUAUAUUUCCUCUAAACUGAUCAUCUUUCUUACUAAAUAAAAUUCGAAAUUCAA